AUGUCCCAUACGCAAGAUAUCGGUAGCCCUGAUAGCCUCUUCCAGUUCGACCUCGACGACACUUCCUCCACAACACUCGCUGAACUUUCUGAGUCUCAUCAUGCGCUCACACCCGAGGAACUUGAAGAAGAAGAGGAGAUUAACAUCCGAGACAACGUCGGAAAAGGAAAGGGAGUAACCAAACCGAUGCCCAUCCGCCCCUCUACGAUCAUUAACGAUCUCUUCGAUCUGUCUCAAGCGACCACGAGUUACUCGUCCGACACAUCCUCUUUUUCUUUCUCCUCUCCUUCCUCCAAUGUUAACUACUGUAACAACCUCCCCUCGACCUCUACCAGUCAAAUGAGCUCGUUGAAUUCGUCUCAAACUUCUCCCUUGUAUGAUGGUUUGCUAGGCAAGGGAAAGGAGAAAGAACCUCCCCCUGAACUUCCCCCGUUAUCCUUUGGAAAUGAACUUAACAGUCAAGAUACUUGGUUCUCGCUGGAGACGCUGGGCCCAUCGACCUAUACAACAACUUACAGUCCUCCCCACAGAGACGACUGUCUACCGGAAGCCUCAAGUUCCACUUCUCCCAGCUCUGUUGCCACGCUGCCCUGUACCGCGCCGAAUACCACCAGCACUCCCGAUUUGACACGACUGCCCUCGCGAUGUCGUUCCCUGUCGAGUUUGUCCGUCCAGUCUCACGCAUCAUCUUCAAUUUCUGCCAAGCUCAAGUCGAAGUUUGCGUUACCUCGAACUCCGAGUAAUCUUACACGAAAACUUUUAUUUGGGAAGAGAGAUGAUCUUGACGACCUCUCACCGCCUAUCACCGUUGAUGUAGAACCAUGUGCAUGGUAUACAGUCCCUAAUCCGAUCAGUCUUCAGUCUCAUGUCAUAACUGCGGCUGGGACAAAUCGUUUGAGCUCUCCUUCCCGCACCUCUUUUUCGAAAGGAAAAGGACGGUCGAAUUCAUCACCGCACCCAUUUUCAGCGCUCGACUUCGUUCCAGCCACCAGAACGGACGUAUUUGAACCAAUUCCUAUCAUUAUUCGAAACUACUUUGACGAAGUUCUUCCGAGAGAACUACGACUUCAGAUCCUUCAGGCUCUCGUAGAGCUUCACGCACUAGAGCAUCAGCUAGCUGUGACAGAUGGGCGCUGGACGAUGGCAAAGGCCUCAUCCUCCAAAGGCCGCUGGGUUGGCAGAGACAAGGGCAUCAGAGAACUUGUCAAGUUAAGCAGGGUUUCAAAAUCUUGGAAAGCCCUUGUAUUUGACGGUCAGAUGUGGGCUGACCUUCAUCUUCAUUCUUUCCCAGGAUUACCGGUCCUACCGAUAGCACAGAGGGGUGGACCGUUCGUCCGAAGUCUAAAUCUUGCGGGUCACGUUAACCUUAAUCCGACAGAUCUCAUAGAGGUUGCCGACCACGUCUCCUUUCGGGCUCUCGAGGAGCCGUUACCAUACACUCAUCUCACACAUAUUAAUUUACAGGGCUGUACAGCAAUAAGCACCCGCUCAUUCCAUCAUCUCCUCACCCGUUCUAUCUACCUUCGCAAACUCUGUGUCAAGGGACUGGGAGCUGUCACAAACACGACUUGUGAUAUCCUUGCGAAUUACUGCCCCGGGUUGAUCUCGUUGAACAUGAGCAGGUGCCCAAAUAUGGAUGCAGCGGGAAUUGAGCGCUGGGCCACAGGCGUUGUUGUUCGCAAUGAACACCUUCAAGUGAAAGAGCUCCGAUUGUCUGGCAUCAAGAACGUCUCUGAUUCGAUGAUGGCCGCCCUUGGAAGAGCUGCACCGCACCUUGAGGUUUUAGAUCUCAGCUAUGCCCGCCAGCUGCAUAACUCAGCUUUAGAGGCCUUCGUAGCAUGCGAAGAAUAUGGACAUUUUGGGAAUCUGGGCGUGGAGACAGUCAUUGUGACCUCUCGAGACCUUGGUAGAGAGGUAAAUGAUUCCAACAGGUAUAGGAGACGCACCACCAAUCUCCGGCAUCUGUGUCUGUCCUUUUGCCUGAUGUUGUCGGACACAGCGUGCUCGAAUCUUUCCCACUCCGUCCCAAAGCUGGAGUACCUCGAGUUGGCUGGGAUUGGGGGUGUUCUAAAGGAUGCAGGGCUGAUUCGCCUGUUGAAGAACACGCCAUACAUAAGACGGCUGGACCUUGAGGACGCAACAGAUAUCACUGAUGCUGUUUUGGCAGAAUUGACUCCCGCUGUGGUCCCUGAAGGUCCGCAAUCCGAAUUCCAAGUCGGACAUGCUUUACAACAUCUCAUCCUUUCGCACGCAGCGAACAUCACCGACGCCGCUGUGCUAGCCCUCAUACGGUCAUGUUGUCACCUCACAGUUCUUCAUCUCGACAAUACUGCUAUCAAAGGUGCUGUCCUUCGAGAGUUCGUCGCUCUCAAUCGUCAGAGGAAAGCAAUCAACUCCAAGAUUGUUGCCGUUGACUGUCGGGGGAUUGGAGAGGGCCUAGUGAAGGAAUUGUCGGUGUCCACCCGACCUCGCAUGGGAUGGAGGUCAUAUGCGGCUCGAAAGCUCAUGUUCCUUGACUCUCGAGACGAGACCGAGGAUUUGGGGGUUGGCCAAGACGAGUGUGAUGAACACAGAGUGGUGCUCAAGACUUUUUAUUCCUGGCAGACGGUAGAUGCCGUCAGGCUUGCUAGAGAGAAGCGGCGUAAACUGACUUCGAAGAGAGGCGCCAAUGUGUCGAGCAAUUUUGGGUAUGACGAUUCGCCUCCUCGUGGUGGAACCACUCGAUGGUGGACUCCUGGUGGUCGUCGCGCUGGAUCGAUACACAACUCGUCGCCCACGCACAAUGACAUGAACACUGACAACUGUAGAAUAAUUACUUGCUUGUACCACGCUAUUGUAUUUGACGAGAUGAUGUAAUAUUCAAUCCAAGUGUACGAGCUUUAGGCAUCAUAUUUUUUUCCCUUUC